AUGGGGUUUUUAACAGUUUCCAAGGGCAGUGAUCCGCCCAAGACGAACGUGGCGCAGGAGGCCUUUGAUUACAUCUAUAAGCAGAUCCCCGCCCCGGCGGUGGCGGACGUCGAGCGCUUUCUGGAAAUUGGCCACUUCGAGUCGCUUGCCACCGCGACGUGCUUGAACCUCGAGGACCUGUCACUCUAUCUCUUGGCCUUCGCCGUAGACGAGUCAGCGAAGCGCAUUUACAAAAUAUCGGAGAAGCACUUCGUGGCGUGGAUGGCAGGCCUCAUUAGCAAGCUUCCCCGCAGCGCCGCCCCGCCCACCAGGGAGAACGCAUACGCCCCCUUAUUCGCUGCCGUCCAUGGCGCAAUCGUCGACCUCAACAACACCAUUCGCAAUAACGAGGAGAAGCGCAGCAAGUUCUACCAGUUUCUGUACAACUGGUGCCUGAAAGGCAAUGACGCCUCUGAUCGCGUGGAUAGCGCGAAGGAGUUGUGGUCGUGUUUUUUUUCGGCAUCGCCGGUGUCGUUCACGGCGGAGGAGGCGCGCCGCAAGUUCACCGCGUACGUGUGCUUUCCGCGUAUUAAUCAGUGGCUUGACUUCAUCACAGUCCUGGGUGAGAAGGCGACAGAGAGCACAUCAGGCAGGGUUGCCGUUGAGCAGUCUGGGGUCUCGUUUGAUACCUGGACGCAACUACUGCUGUUUGCCCAAUUCGACAACUACGAUGCGUACGACGACGAGGACUCGUGGCCGGUCGCCAUGGACGACUUUGUGGAGUACGUGCGUAAGUUGGAAGAGAGCAAGAAAGCGUAG